AUGGGUCUCCUGAAGGCAUACAACGGCCUUUUGGGAGCUUUCGUGACGGUCUUCGGUCUUUAUCACGUCUUCUUACCUUAUCACGCCAUCGAGCUGUACGGCGAGUACGAUCCAGCGCCGCCGCCCCCCGCGCCACCCUCCCCGAGCCUGCGACAUUCCGGCGCGAGAUUGUACGAGCACCGCACACCCGCAACCGGAGCAUGGUUCAUCACGAUGAUGGGCAUCAUGAUGAUCCUCUUGGGGACCUGCCUGAUGGCGAGUCGGGCUUGGGGCAGUGAAGUGAGAGCGAUCGUCGGGUCCGUGACGCUCGCCUUAUUCUUCGCGAUACUCGGUGUGCUCCUGAUCGAGGGACCCGAGUCUGGUCUGCCGAGAUUCACGGCGUCCAACCCGGUUCACGUCUCCCUCGUCGUCGCCAUCUCGCUGUACAUCCCGGCGCUCAUCGUGAACAGGAUGGAACCCGGGGUAUUCGAGUGGGACAAGGAAGCGCGCGUCUUCGAGGACAGCGACGGCGAGGAUGAGAAACUGACGACGACGAACACCGGUGACGACUCCCCCGUCUACGGCGCCAUCGAUGAAUUCGAGUCGGACGAACCGAGCGGCGCCGUCGCCAGGGUGCUGGCCAGGCAGUCGGACUACUACGCCGUGCUGGGGGUGCGGAACGAUACGGCGCGCUCGCUGAGUACGCGCAAGCUGAGGGAACGGUACGACGCGCUCGUGAACGCGAUCGAGAAGGCGCCGAGGGGUAAGGACAGGGAAAACGCCGUAUCGGUGGCUCAAAGCGCGCACGCGACGCUGGCCAACCCGCUCACCCGGGCGAUGUACGACGGCUGGCGUCAGCACGUGUUCCCCGCGAAGGCGUUCGGACGCGCGGGGACGCCGCGGGGUGGGUCGCACGGGGAAGCCGGACACGUGCCGAGGUGGUGCGCGUCCGUGCUGAGGACGCCGGUGGUGGGUUCGGCGUUUGCGAUUUUGAUCACGGUUUUGUUGAUGCCGGUGGCGGCGGCGCUCGCGGCAGCGUUCGCGGUCUGGUGGCUUCUGAUGGCACCGAUACGGGCGUGCGCGGAUCUGGAGACGAAGCCGGGGCGCAAGCGGCGAGAGUCGUGCGUGUGA